AUGUACGACUACCUCGCCAAAAUCAUCCUCCUCGGUCCCUCUUCCGCCGGGAAAUCCUGCCUCCUCCACCGCUUCAUAAACAAGUCCUGGCGCAUUCUCUCUUCUCAAACCAUCGGUGUCGAAUUCGCUACGAAGAUCGUAAAAGUCGGAGACGGAAAUCGCAGAAAGAGAAUAAAGUUGCAAUUAUGGGAUACUGCUGGCACAGAACGUUUCAGGAGCGUGAGCAGGAGUUACUAUCGUGGUGCGGCUGGCGCAAUCUUGGUUUACGACAUUACGAGCAGGGACAGUUUUGCGCAACUGGGCACUUUUUUGAACGACGCGAGAGCCCUGGCGAGUCCACACCUGACCCUGUUGCUGGCCGGCAACAAGGCCGACCUCGCCGAACCUGUCGACAGUGACGCCGAAAGCGAGGAUGACAUCGACGACAGCGGAGUACUUUCACCGUCGUUUGGACAAUCACCGUCAAGCUACGACUCCCGCAGAUUUGACAGCAUCGCUUCCAGAGGAACCAUCCCACGAGGCGGCAAUGGCGCACGCGCGACUUUCGCACCCGAUGGUCGCCAGGUCUCUACAACUCAAGCAACGCAAUGGGCAACCUCACAAACUAUCCCCAUGGCAGUCGAAGUCUCAGCAUUCAACGGAGAUGGCGUGGAUGAGCUAUUCAACCGUCUCGCCCGUAUGAUUCUGGCAAAGAUUGAGUUAGGCGAGAUUGAUCCCGAUGAUCCGCUCUCUGGCAUACAGUACGGCGACAGUUCAUGGGCUAUCGAUGAUGGUGGUAGCAGCAUAAAGAGCGGCGUGGACGGGCCAAGGAGACGAAGGAAAAGAGCGGGCACGGGACAGUGGGCUUCUGGCUUGCGUGAGUGGGAAGAGGUCUUUAGACUUGAUGGUCCCAGAAGAAGAGGCUGCUGUUAG